UUAGUGUCUAAUAGUGUCUCUUGACCCUAUUCAACAGAGACACAAACCACACAUUAACUGUAAAAGACGAACAUGGCCAGCAAAUACAAGCGACUCGAGUCAGAGGAACCACAAAAGAAAGAGAUAAAAGAGAAACCAGACCUCAGGAUGGUGCUUCUUGGAACAACUGGAUCUGGAAAAAGUGCAUCGGGAAACACCAUCUUAGGAAGAGAGGAUGCUUUUGAAUCUAAACCGUCUCCGAACUCAGUAACUUCAGAGUGUCAGAAGGAAAUGGGAGAGUUUGAAGGUCAAAAACUGGCUGUGGUCGAUACUCCAGGUGUGUUUGAUAAUGUUCAAACUGAAGAGGAGAUAAAGACAGAGAUCAGGAAAUCCAUCUCCUUUGCUGCUCCUGGUCCUCAUGUGUUCCUGGUUGUGAUCCGUGUGGACAGAUUCACAGAGAAAGAACGAGAAACAGUGAGAAUCCUUCAGCAGAUGUUUGGAGUCCACUUAGCAGGAUACACCAUGGCCUUGUUCACACGUGGAGAUGACCUGGAGCGUGGGGGAGUCACCAUAGGAAAUUUCAUCAGGGAAGAUCCAGCUCUCCGUGACUUCAUCCAUCAGUGUGGUGGAGGAUAUCAUGUUUUUAACAACAUAAGCAGAGAUCCCUCUCAGGUCAGAGAGCUGCUGGAGAAGAUCAACACCAUGGUUCAGAGAAACGGAGGAAGCUGCUACACCAACGAGAUGUUCAUACAGGCUGAGGAGGCCUUGAGAAAAGCAGAAGCAGACCUCAGGAUUGUUGUUGUUGGGAAAACUGGAGCUGGGAAGAGUUCAUCAGGAAACACCAUCCUGGGAGGAAAAGCCUUUAAAACCGCAUCAGCUUCAUCUCCUGCCUCGGUGACAUCAGAGUGUCAGCAGGAAGCAGCUCUGUUUGAUUUUCAGACCCUGGCUGUAGUUGAUACUCCAGGCCUGUUUCACACCGUGUUCACCUUAGGCCAGGUGAACACGGAGAUCAACAGAUGCAUCUCAUUGGCUGCUCCUGGUCCUCAUGCGUUCCUGGUUGUGAUCCAGCCGAACAUAUUUAUAGAUGAAGAAGGAGAAACAGUGAGAAUCCUUCAGGAGGUGUUUGGAGGCGGAGCAGCUCGUUACACCAUGGCGUUGUUCACACAUGUAGAUGAUCUGAAUGUCUCCAUAGAAGAAUUCAUCAUGAAAACUCCAGCUCUCCGUGACUUAGUCCGUCAGUGUGAAGGAGGAUAUCAUGUUUUUAACAACAGAAGCAGAGAUCCUGCUCAGGUCAGAGAGCUGCUCGAGAAGGUCAGCAUAAUGGUUCAGGGAAACGGAGGAAGCUGCUACACCAACGGGAUGUUUGAGAAGGCAGAGAAAGCUAUAACAGAAGAGAUGGAGCAACUUCAGAAGAACAGACCUGGGCUAAUGGCCACUGAAGCACGAUAUGAAGCAGAAAGAAACAACAAGUUUAUUCGGGGCAGCUGGGUUGGUGCUGUUGCUGGAGCUGUUGCUGGAGCUGCUGCUGGAGUCGGUGCUGGAGUCGGUACUGCGAUUGGCACCGAGCUUGCUAUUGGAGCUAUCGUGGGAGCUGCAGCUGGUCCAGUGGGACUGUUGGUGGGAGCUGGACUGGGUCUGGCAGUAGGAGCUGCAGUGGGAGCUGGAGUGGGUCAUACUACUGCUGCUAAAGUCAGGAAGCAGGCGUGUGUUACACAGUGAUGAAUAAUCAC